UUGGACAGAAGCGGGGGACUGCGCGUCUAUUGGCUAACCAAACUUCGGGGCUAUCCGAUUGGCCUUAGACGAACUUUAGGUGUGAUGAAUCGAGUAGGAGGAGGACGUGGGAACUAUUAGCUAUUUGUGAGCCAACAGCAGUCGAGACAGGUUGGGAUUGUGUGAAAUCACCCCAGGCGCAUUGACUAUCAAUUGAAAACUUGCGGCUUUUUAAAGAUGCUCUUAUUCGGUUUUUUAGGUAACUUGGCCGAGUUUGUGUUCAAAGUCUUUAAGCUGCAUUUAUUACAGUUCCCCAGCGUUUAAAACCCCUGAAACAAAGGAAACAAGCAAGCGCGUGGGCGCGCGUGGACACCUGAAGGAUGCACCUUGCGUUUCUACUGACGCUGAAUUUUGGCCUUGUUUUUGCAUGCCAGUUGCCCACCGAGUGGCGACCCCUCAGCGAGGGCUGUCGGGCUGAACUCGCCGAGAUCAUCGUAUACGCCAAGGUGCUGGCCAUCCACGAGGAGCCGUACGCGUCCAGCCUGUUUAACUACCUGCCGUACCAACAGCACGAGCGCGCGGAGGACGCGCUGCUUUACGCGGCGGAGGUGGAGUUGCUUUGCGACCAGGCGUGGGGCAGCAUGCUGGAGGUUCCCGCGGGCUCGCGCCUCAACCUCACAGGACUCGGUUACUUCAGCUGUCAGUCACACACGGUGAUGGAGAACAACUCCUACAUCUUUUUCCUCAGGAUGGAUGAAAACUACAACAUCCUUCCUCAUGGAGUCAACUUCCAGGAUGCCAUAUUCCCUGAUACACUAGAGAACAAACAAAUGUUUUCCAGCCUCUUUCAGUUCUCAAACUGCUCUGGCGGACAGACGAUGCACAACUUUAAUAGUGAUUGGGAGAGCCAAGAAGACAGCAGGUUGCUGUGUGCCUCUGUGCAGAAGGUGUUGUUUGAGGAGGAGGAGAGAGUUGGGCAGCUCCAGGAGCUUGUGGCUGAGCUUGAGAGGAAGAAUAAGCAGUUAAAAGAGCGAGUGGGGAAACUGAGGCAUUCCCUGCGGAAAACCCGGAAAGCUUCCCGCCGUGCUGAGCGGGAAAGACAGGAGCUGCAAGAGCGGCUGAAUACAGCUGAGAGACAUGCUAGACAUCAUCUCAACGCCAUUCCACCCCAACACAACCCUUCAUGCCACAGAUACACACACGGAGUGCCUAUGGCAUCACCCAGGAGAUGGCCGACAAGCUGUCAAUCAUCCGGUUGCUAUGAUAUGAGGGAGAAAGAGACUUGAAGGACAAAGCUGUGCAUCCAAUCUCUAGGGAGUGUAGUUCAUCAUUAGACCAAGGUGAUGCAGGCAGAGAUGAGUGAGGUGCAUCGCAGUUCAACCGGCCGUUCAUUUCCUUAGUUCAACCAGCCGGUCAUUUCGGUGAGGUCUAUCUUAAGUCCAAGGUUCAGGCAGUGGCAUAUGAAGUAUCCCAUGUCUUAUGGUUGGAGUUGGCAUCAAUUCAUCCCCUGAAGUCCAUCAUAAUAGACUGAAGUGAUGUCUGGCUGGCACCGGCUGCAUUUAGUCGUCAUUACUCAGAGACAUGUAGCAGUGGAGUCAAGACACCAAGCAGGAACGGAGCUGGAUCUGGCUGUUUCUGGUGACCUCGGGAUAGGGAUUUUUGUGUUUUCAGAUACCAUAUGUGAACAAAGUCAAGGAAUUUUAUUCCAAUUGGAUUAAGUAAAAAAAAAAAAAAAACGUAAGACAAAAAGUCACCUGUUUCAAAAUGACCGGAACACAACAUUAGGGUUAAUGUUUGCUUUUUCUGCUCUAUAUGCAUGUUUGUUUGAAGACUAUUUGUGUGUUUGCAUAUUCUCAGACAGGAUUAAAAUAUACAGAAAUCUAUAGAGGUGAGCCCCCCACCCCUAUACACAAACACCCCCCUCUAAAUUAAUCCCUGAUUAAGUCUGUUUUUCAUAUUUUCUCAGCUCUUUUAAAUGCAAAGGCAAGGUCAUAAUUGUACAUGAAUGAACAGAGAGAUACAGAGGCAAAAUGAACUCCUCUAAGCUCCCCAGCAACCGAUGCCUCUGUAUUGUCUUAAAUAUUGCAAGAAAAGAAUUAGAAAGAGGAAAAGAGAGCACAAUUAACAGAGGAAAAUAAAAAGGACAACAUCCUAUAAUAAUAUUGUUAAUAGGAUAGUUCACCCAAAAAUGAAAAUUCUGUCAUUUCUGAAAAUUGUGUUAUUCCAAAACCAUAUGACUUACUUUUUCUGUGGAACACAAAUGAAGUUAGGCAGAAAGUUACCAUUCACUUAUAUGAAAAAAAUAAAUAAAUAAAAAAAGAUGUUGGCUGAGAGAUCAGUCCCUAACACUCAUCAUCUGAGUUCCACUGAAGAAAGAAAGGGUAAAUAAUGGCGUUUUAACAAUGCUAGUGUUUAACAAUGCUAGAGGGUUGUGUCUGGUUGCCAGGCCGUUGCCAGGUGGUUGCUUUUUAGUGGUUCUUAGCGCAUUACUAGGUGUUAUGACUGGUUUCUAGGUGGUUGCUUACUAGCCCAUGUCAAAAGAACCCACCCUGAAGUCUCUGUGAUUUUUUUGGUCCCAAGAUAUGGCUUGAUAUGGUCCCUACAAUGUACUAUAAUAUAUGGGAUUUCUCACCUCUUUUAUCAUCUGCCAAAUUAAAAUCACAAAUUGGUUAGAUUGGUUAGAAAAAAAACAGCACAACUCUUUUCAACAAGCAACAUGAAUUAAGGUAUCAUCCUUGUAGGUAGCACAAAUGGAGCAAGAAUUUCGAGAAUCCCUAACCCUAAGUACAGUUAGUAUGUGCAAUAGUAACAGUGAUGCUUGACUUAACAAACACCAUUAAUGAAAAUGAAAAAAGAGCAAAUGGAGAUGGAGGGAGAAAGCGAGGGAGGAGGGGAGAGUCCAGACGUGCAGCUGGAAAGAACAGAUUGAUGAAUGAACGGUGAGGAGAAAAUGUGAAUAAAGCCGCCAACAUGCAUUGCAACUGCAGUCUGAUCGGUAGCAACACACACCCACAUACUGUACUGUACACACAUAAUUCAGGCCACAGGUGAGAGAGCGACACAGGGUAGAUUUAUGUCAGAUGCAAUCAAGCAUGUGUGUAUUUUUUAGUGUGUAUGUUCAUGGCAGGCGUGUUGAGACAGGCUUGCUAAAAAAAAUUAUUGAACUAGAUACAGCUAAACCAGCAUGACCACAAGCAAACACACACACACAAAACACUGGGCAUAACAUUUCUGUAUGCAAACCAAUUUCUCCAAUUUGUAAAAAACCAAUUUGUAUGCAAGUAUUGUGAUAAUUUACCUCAUAACCGAUAUUUUCACACCAAGAAUUUAUAUUUAUAGUUAAAGUUUUCACAUUUACACAAUAUUUUUGGGAAUAAGGAGAUUGACCAUCAUUUAAAGAAAGUCAGUGAGAAAACGAAACAUGAUAUUGUAUUAUAUUAUAUA